CGGGACAUUGGAUAGAAAAGUUUAGCAUUUUUAAGGCGAAUAUGUUUAGUGUUUACAAACAGCGUAACAAAACAGAAACUGCUUGAAAGGCGCAUAUAAUAAUAUUUGCUCGGAAACAUCCGAAAUGUUUCCUGAAAGUAUCAGAGCCCCCAAACAGUCCUUUGUAAACAAAUUUUGCAACUCCCAUCAUUUCCCCGCCCCGAAUUCCUGCUCGUCUGAGAACGAAGGGGCGACAUUUCUCAAGGAAGCGGAGAGGAAAGUUCCGAUAACACUGGCGACGGACGCGCAAGUUAUACCCAACUUUGCGCUGACAGCACCAGAUUCACUCCGAAUCGCGACCUGACGAGUGUUUUGACGGACACGCUGACAAAUAGUCGUUUGUGGAGUCGUUGAAGCGACGCUGCGCGUGGCGAUUUACAGACACAGCUCGAGGCAUGGAAAUAAUGGACAGCGGGGAACCGUUCUUACAGUGGGACAAAAAUCUCAGCGAAUUGUCCGAACCCGGGGAAAACGACAUUUUAUACAGCACUCACUUCACCGAGCUGCUGGAUGAUCUGUCCCAAGAGGCUUUGCUGGGUCAGUUGUUAAGCGACCCGUUCCUGUCUGGCCGUGGAGAUGCUAUGGACACGGAGGAGGAUCUGACCCCUGCGUCUCCAGUGCCGCCGCACAUUCAAGCCGAGCACAGUUACUCUCUGUGCGGAGACUCGCGCCCACAGUCGCCCCUGUCCCAUCUGCCCGGGGAGCCCGGCAGUGACGCCGGUGACACAGACAAUGAUGAGUGGCCCAUGGAGCAGGAGGAUAAAGGGCUGAAGAUGGAGCCUCUGCUGCUGCCCACCUUGACCCUCACUCUGACCCCCGAGGGUCCCGCCUCUGAGCCUGUGACUGACGCCUCACUGACCCCUCCGGCCACUCAGGUGAAGGAGGACAGCAAGAGUCUCAGCCCUCAGAUUAAACUGGAGCCACACGAGGUGGAUCAGUUCUUAAACCUUUCACCCAAAGGCCUGGAGUCUCUGCAGAUGCCGCCCACUCCUCCCAGCUCUCACGGCAGCGACUCUGAGGGCAGUCAGAGUCCCGUUCACCCCUGUGCUCCCGCCAGUCCCACACAGACCCCCGCUGUCCUCAAGGUGGCGCCAAGAGCCCCGUCUUCCCUCUCCAGCUCUCCUCUGCUGACCGCACCUCAUAAACUACAGGGCUCCGGGCCUCUCCUGCUGACGGAGGAGGAGAAACGCACGCUCAUCGCUGAGGGAUACCCCGUGCCCACCAAACUGCCCCUGUCCAAAGCUGAGGAGAAAGCACUGAAGAAGAUCCGCAGAAAGAUCAAGAACAAGAUUUCAGCACAAGAGAGCCGCAGGAAAAAGAAAGAGUACAUGGACGCUUUAGAGAAGAAGGUGGAGACCUGCUCCAGCGAGAACAGUGAGUUACGCAGGAAAGUUGAAACACUGGAGUGCACCAACAAGUCUCUGCUGCAGCAGCUGCACUCACUGCAGGCGGCGGUGGCAGGAAAGGUCCCGCGGUCCUGCAGGGUGACGGGCACCCAGACCUCCACAUGCCUCAUGGUGGUGGUUCUGUGUUUUUCCGUGUUCUUGGGGAGUUUCUACCAAGGCCUGAGCCCCUGUUCCUCCAUCACCAAAACAGAGCUGAGCAGAGAGAUCUCCAUACAGGACUCGUACACCACCACAGUGAGGUCCAGGAACCUGCUGUCCAUUCCGGAGCACGGGGGUCUGGACGAGCCUCAUCCCUUCGGUCGGAUGGGAAUCACUAACCCGAACGUCACCCCGAAGUCCGAAUUAAUGGCGGCUUGGCGUUUAGAACAGCAGCACAAACAGGAGCAGGCGGAGCUUCGGGAAGCAGAGCCCCGCCCACUUAUUCUAAACACCAAUGAAACACGAGCGCAGAAGGCCAUUCUCAUAGACCUGCACUCACACAGGUCAGAUCAGUGGUCAAACGAGACGGCUAAAGUCAUACAGCUGGAGAGGACCUGAGAUCCCUGCAGCGGCGGGCCAUAGGCUUCAUAUUUAUAGUAUUGUUUUACUUAGAUGUCCUUUUUUAAAAUAAAC